AUGGGCGUGGAGAGCGGGAAGAACGGGCUUGCGACGUAUUACCGAGGAGCAAUCGAGCAGAUCGAUGUCAACCUCAGAGAGAAGACCAAGAAUCUUCGUCGGCUCGAGGCUCAGCGAAAUGAACUGAACGCCAAAGUGCGGGCGCUGAAGGAGGAGCUGCAGCUGCUGCAGGAGCCGGGGUCGUAUGUGGGCGAGGUGGUCAAGGUCAUGGGCAAGACCAAGGUGCUCGUCAAGGUGCACCCGGAGGGCAAGUACGUGGUGGACGUGGACAAGGGCAUCGACCUGACGAAGCUGACGCCCAGCACGCGCGUGGCGCUGCGCAACGACAGCUACGUGCUGCACCUGGUGCUGCCCAGCAAGGUGGACCCGCUCGUGUCGCUCAUGCGCGUCGAGAAGGUGCCCGACUCCACCUACGACAUGAUUGGUGGCCUGGACCAGCAGAUCAAGGAGAUCAAGGAGGUGAUUGAGCUGCCCAUCAAGCACCCGGAGCUCUUUGAGAGCCUUGGAAUUGCCCAGCCCAAGGGAGUGCUGCUGUAUGGUCCUCCCGGCACGGGCAAGACUCUGCUGGCGAGAGCAGUGGCGCACCACACGGACUGCACGUUCAUCCGCGUGUCGGGGUCAGAGCUCGUGCAGAAGUACAUUGGCGAGGGCUCUCGCAUGGUGCGCGAACUCUUCGUCAUGGCCAGGGAGCACGCUCCGUCAAUCAUCUUCAUGGACGAGAUUGACAGCAUCGGGUCGGCGCGCAUGGAGUCAGGCAGUGGCAACGGGGACAGUGAGGUGCAGCGCACCAUGCUCGAGCUGCUCAACCAGCUCGACGGCUUUGAGGCCUCCAAUCAGAUCAAGGUGCUGAUGGCGACCAACAGGAUUGACAUUUUGGACCCAGCUCUUCUCAGGCCUGGCCGCAUCGACCGCAAGAUUGAGUUCCCCAACCCAAGCGAAGAGUCUCGUGUGGACAUUCUGAAGAUCCACUCGCGCAAGAUGAACUUGAUGAGGGGCAUUGACCUUGCCAAGAUAGCUGGGAAGAUGAAUGGAGCAAGUGGUGCUGAGCUCAAGGCUGUUUGCACAGAAGCUGGCAUGUUUGCACUCAGGGAGCGAAGGGUCCAUGUGAUGCAGGAAGAUUUUGAGAUGGCAGUGGGGAAGGUCAUGAAGAAGGAUUCGGAGCAGAACAUGUCUUUGAAGAAGUUGUGGCGUUAA